AUACCCUUCAGCACUCUCAAUCGUGGACUGGGGCGUUUGACGGCUCUGUCAUGUCUCCCCCUGCAGAAACAAGGCACCCGUUUACGCUGUGUAUACCAAGCGCGGGAGAGUGCUGUAUCGCUAAAUUACCUUCCUAAAUGAGCUACAGCCCCGGAGACUUUAUGUACUAAAAACCCGUUCAUACCCUCAGACUCAAUUAAUCUCGCCUUCGUGCACCCUACCAUCUCACUAUUUACCUUAUCUACCCCGCCUCCAACCUAGAGCUAUGUCGAAACCGUCCAGCUUAUUUACCUCCUAUACCGACGCCGCCAGCACCUACUGGCCGCCCGGUUGGAACUUCCAGCGCUAUGCCCACGCCACGCCCGCGGACAACGCUUCACUGUCGGACGAGGAGCGCGCUAAGAUGCAGGCCGGCUUCCGCGAAGCGCUCGGCGAGGACGGCGUUAUGGAAAUGGCCCGCGUCGUGUGGCAGGAGCAGCUGCGCCGCAUGAAGGUCGAGAAAGAGUCUUCUUCUGCCGCCACAGCGUCGUCAUCGUCGUCUGCGCAGAAGCAGCAGCAGCAGCAGCAGCAUCAGAAACGGCCUCCGCCACCCUCCCCCGACUGGCUCAAGACUUGGCGCAAACGGGCGGGCGGCGACGGCGGCGAGGCCUGGGGCUUCGUCGCGUUCUGUACUUCCAGUGCCGUCGCCGCCAUGCCGAAGUCGGACGUGGCCAAAUUCCACACACGCGUGCGGGAGAUGGCGGAGAUCCCUAUCCAGAAGGCGUUGGAGGAGGAAGGUCAGCCGGCCGACGAGAUCGCCGAGGCGCGACGAUCGUUCGAGAUCCGCUGGGUCGAGAUGGACGGUGACGACGAAGACGUCAAGGGCGAGGAAGGAAAGAAAGAGGCGGGGACAGGGGAAGACUGGGUUGAGAAGGCGCGCGCCAGUUAUCGUGCCAUGCGCGAGUCUGGCGUCCUCCCGUCGGGUCUCGACCUGCCCGUCUUCCUCUGUACAUCACCUGCCGCCGUGGCCUCGGUGCUGCGGACGUCGCCGGCGGAAGCGAAGGAGGCGCACGAUGGGAAGCCGCGUUGGCGAUCUGGCGACGUCCCAUUCCUGCUGGUCGCAACCGCAGAGACGGAGCAGGGGAUCGUCGAGGACGACGACGACGAAAAAGAAGAAGAAGAAGAAGAAACUAAGGCUGGCGGUGGUGAAAGGAGCUGGUUCAAGCCCGUUUUCAAAGCGGCCGCCGAGGUGCUGGUGGACGAGCUCUGGUGGAUCGUCGCGGAGCAGAUGAUGUCGCUAGGCCAGAUGACAAGGUUCGUUCGGGGCGCGACGGUGGCUGAGGAGCAUGUCACGACGACGGAAGAAGAGAGGCAAGGGGAGGGAGGAGAGGCGGCUGAUGUUGGUAGUGGACGUGCCGAGGAGCCAGGCCAUGACGACGACGGGCUGGAUGACAUAUGGUGGACAGUUCAUAUGCCGCCGCGUCAGAUGAGGAAGAGGCGGAGGGUAUGAGCCAGAUCUGGAUAGUGAGUCCGAAGAGCAACUUACCUGACUGGAGUGUCAACUCCUGGGCAUGUCAACAUGUGGCUCCCUGCAUACCAUCUAUGAUCAGCCCGCUGCUGCUACCGCAACGAGUCUUCACGAACGACCGCCUUCUAUAUGAUACUUUCACAUCAUCACCCUUCUCACACUCGCGGGCGCCUCUCCAGGCAGCUACUCCAACAAUCCUUGAAACUGCAAUCUGAUCCGCAGUCAAAACUCAAGCAUCUCAGCUUAAUCAAAGUCGGAAGAUCUGCUGCAGGUUCGCACAAUGCAGUCCCGCACCCGAAAUUCUUGUGCUUGUUGCCGCAGGUAUCCUUCUAAUAGUCAACGAUAAAUCGAUUAGACCAUAGACCCGUGUGUCUUUUUGUGAACUGGUCUUAGCG